ACAAGGUCACAACUAAAGUAACUUUAACAAGAUGGCUUUGUCCUCAUCAAUAUCUCUUCUUUUGCCAUUGUCUCUACUUGCUUUCUUGAUCAACAACAAAAUUUCUCUUGCAGGUGAUCCAGAUAUCAUCUCAGAUUUCACAAUCCCACAAAAUAACAACACUACAAUCAAUGGAUCUUUCUUCACUUACACAGGACUGAGAGGAUUAUUGAUCCAUCCUCAAACUUCAUUCAAAACAACGAAAGUCACUAUGCUUGAAUUCCCAGCUCUUAAUGGCCUAAGCAUAUCAUAUGCUCUAUUUCAGUUUCCUUCUGGUACCAUCAACCCUCCUCACACUCACCCACGUGCCUCGGAGCUUCUGUUCCUUCUCCAUGGUUCAUUACAAGUUGGUGUCGUUGAUACGAAACUCAAUCUCUACAAACAAACCCUAGAAGCUGGAGAUAUGUUCAUAUUUCCAAAGGGGUUGAUCCAUUAUCAGUAUAAUCCUCAUGUUGUUCAUGCCACUGCCAUUUCUGCCUUUGGAAGUGCAAAUGCAGGAACAGUUUCUGUGCCUAUUUCAUUGUUUGGAUCUGGGAUUGAUGAAGAGGUUUUGGCAAAAUCUUUCAAGAUUGAUGUUUUCUACUGUGAAGAGAUUAUUGACUCUGUCAAAAAGUCUUGAGGUGAUCAUGUGAAAGGUUUAGCGCUCUUCUAGUGUGAUAUUGAUGCUGUCUUCUUCUUCUUCUUCGGUUUGGAUUUAGAUCAAGUGUUUUAAUCUAUAAUAUCUGCUAAUUUUGCCAAUGAAUCUCCUUGUUGUCUAUAUCCCUUAAGUUUCUUGUUAUUGUAGUUUAAUUUAUGCUAAGUACUAGCAUGUGAUUUAUAACAUCCUGCCAUAAUAAAUAUUUCUGUUGCAGCUAUUUACAAGUGUUAAAAGUACUGUAUGAUCUCAUUUAAUUGUUGUAUUGUUUUGUAUUUUAUAUCUCCUGGCCCUAUUAUAUAGGAAACCUUUUAA